AUGGCGCGGAUGAACCGGCCGGCCCCCGUGGAGGUCAGCUACAAGAACAUGCGCUUCCUCAUUACGCACAACCCCACCAACGCCACCCUCAGCAGCUUCAUCGAGGACCUGAAGAAGUACGGGGCCACCACUGUGGUGCGCGUGUGUGAGGUGACCUACGACAAGGCCCCACUGGAGAAGGACGGCAUCACGGUUGUGGACUGGCCGUUUGAUGAUGGGGCGCCCCCACCUGGCAAAGUGGUGGAGGACUGGCUGAGCUUGCUGAAGAACAAGUUCUGUGAUGACCCCGGCAGCUGUGUGGCUGUGCACUGCGUGGCCGGCCUGGGGCGGGCUCCAGUCCUUGUGGCGCUGGCCCUCAUCGAGAGUGGGAUGAAGUACGAGGACGCCAUCCAGUUCAUCCGACAGAAGCGGCGCGGUGCCAUCAACAGCAAACAGCUCACCUACCUGGAAAAGUACCGGCCAAAGCAGAGACUGCGGUUCAAGGACCCCCACGCGCACAAGACCAAGUGCUGCAUCAUGUAG